AUGUCUGAUAUAGUCGUACCACUUUCUAGUUCAAAUGACGAUGUGAGUUUGACUCCACAACACACUCCAAGUGGAGAGCCCGUUACUAUAGAUUACAAAGGCGAUGAGUAUAGUGGGUUUAGUUCCACAGCCGUUGUGAAGAUUUCAGGUACUAGGAUAACUGACAUCAAUUUACCAGUAAUAGCAGUUGAAAAACAAUCACCAGAUUCGGUUGGUAUCAAUCCAGAGUUUGAUGGAGUAUUUGGCUUUGCCUAUCCCUCGUUGUCAAAACAUCAUCCACAAACCACUGCAAUGGAUAUUUUGUACACCAGUGAUGUCAUCCCCAGUAACGAGAUUGGUCUUCAACUAUGUCCGUAUGAAAUGACUUCAAAUAGCUUCAUCAAUAUAGGAAACACGGACGUAACUGCAAAAUGCGGGACAGAUGGAACAAGUAUUGCAUGGGUACAAUCACCAUCAGACAAUCACUUUGCCAUCAACAUCAAGAGCAUACUAGUCAAUGACGAAAAAGUGAAUCUGCCCGAGGAAUUCCAAAAAACAAUAAUGGAAAAUGGACGUAUUUUGUACUCGAGUGUGGAAACAUGCUUUUUACAUAUGCGUUUUCCUGAAGUAGUCGUGGCAGCGUUGGUUGAUGCUAUUCUUGAUAGUGUUAGAUUUGCUAUAAAAGCUGGUUCAAAUGAUUAUGCAGUUCUUGGUAUACCAUUUAUGACCCGACUUGGAUUGACAUUUGAUCGCGCACAUAAACGCAUUGGGUUUGGUGCUGGAUGUGGAUGCAAAGUCUCGACUAGCAAAUAUCCUACUAUCUCGAACGGUGAUCAAGUGCUCUGGUCACCAUCACAUGUUAGAUUGCCUGAACAACCAAGUACUUCAGGUUCAAGUGGCACAUUUAUUCGCAGAAGGAAACCAUAA